UUUCUUCUGAACCUUCUUCUCUUUUUUACCUCUCUUUAUAUAUAUCUUUAAUGUCACACGAAAUUUAGUCAUUCUACUCUUUCUUAACUAGGAACUUACUUUGUUCAUAAUAGUAAGAAGAGCUUUGCAAGAUUUCAGUAAUAAGUAAUAACUUUGAUUAUAAGUUUCUCUUCUCAAACUCUGCUUGUAACAUAUUUGAUUGUAACCCAAAUUGUCUACAGGAUUGAAACUAUGGUCAAUAAUGCAAACUUAUCAACAGUUCGCCAUUUCUUCCAGAAAAGACAUGAAGCACCUAUUACAGAUUCUGAAGCUGAUAACUUCUUGAAGGAUUACUACAUUCCUGAUUACAUACUUCUACCAGAAACAGAAAUACAGAACGGCCACGACGUAGCUUCUUGUCCUGUACUAGUAUUUAUCAACUCGAAAAGUGGUGGUCAACUAGGAGGACAACUUCUUUUAACAUACCGUACUCUUCUUAAUAAAAAUCAGGUAUUUGAUUUGGGGGGAAAGGCUCCCGACAAGGUUCUUCACCAAUUCUACUCAAAUUUAGAAAAGCAUAAGCAAAAUGGAGAUAGCUUGUCUUAUGAGAUCGAAAGGAGAUUGAGAGUCAUUGUGGCAGGUGGGGAUGGAACAGCAGGGUGGAUUCUUGGUGUUGUUUCGGAUCUUAAAUUAGCUCAUCCACCUCCAAUUGCGACUGUGCCAUUAGGAACAGGAAAUAAUCUGCCUUUUGCAUUUGGUUGGGGGAAAAAGAAUCCUGGUAUUAACUGCCAGUCCGUGAAGUCGUUCCUGAAUCAAGUGAAACAUGGAAAAGAAAUGAAAGUUGACAGCUGGCAUAUUCUUAUGAGAAUGAGGGCUCCUAAAGAAGGUUCUCGUGAUCCUAUUGCACCUCUUGAGCUACCACACUCAUUGCAUGCUUUUCACCAUCUGUCUCAAGCUGAUACUUUUAACAAGGACCACGAUCAUAUAUUUCGAGGAGGAUUUUGGAACUACUUCAGCAUAGGAAUGGACGCUCAAGUUUCAUAUGCAUUUCACAGCGAGAGGAAGCUCCAUCCAGAAAAGUUCAAACACCAGUUAGUUAAUCAGGGGACUUAUGUGAAGCAUGUAUGUAAACAAGGAUGGUUUUGUACUUCUUUCAAGCAUCCAUAUUCAAGAAACAUUGCACAGCUAGCAAAUGUCAAAAUAAUGAAAAGGACAGGUGAAUGGAUAGACCUCCACAUACCUAGCAGCAUCAGGUCUAUUGUCUGCCUUAAUUUGCCUAGUUUUUCUGGUGGACUUAAUCCUUGGGGACGACCUAACAAGAAGAAGCUGCAUGAGAGGGACCUUACUCCUCCAUAUGUUGAUGAUGGUCUGCUUGAGGUUGUUGGUUUCCGAGAUGCUUGGCAUGGACUUAUUUUGUUUACUCCUGGAGGGCACGGAACACGCCUUGCACAGGCCAACAGAAUACGAUUUGAGUUUCACAAGGGCGCUGGUGAGCAUACGUUUAUGAGGAUGGAUGGGGAACCAUGGAAGCAACCACUUCCCAUGGAUGACGACGCAGUUGUUAUAGAAAUAUCCCACUUUGGUCAAGUGAACAUGCUUGCUAGUCCACAUAGCCGAUCCAGAAACAUUAACGCUCCUUCAUCGCAUCACCUUCAGGAUGAAGAGAAAGUCAACAAUCAUGAAAAAUAUUUUGAAGAUGACUCAUAAGAGAGGAGGAAGUUAGGUGCAGCUGACACUUUCCGGAUUCCAGAUGGUUUUGACGUGACACAGCUUUAGUUAGGGAAGGUAACAGAUAGUCAUGAAGUUUUCCAGGUACGCGUGCUCUGUCAGGUCGUUAUAGAAAGAAAAGGUUAGGCAUUCAGAAGCAGCUGCAUCAUUUGAUGAUACCAAUUGUAAAGAGUGUAUGGUAGAAAAUACUACAAUAGUUUGCAUUACGGGCACAUAGGUAGUUUGUUAGAGCACACCUAUAAGGAAUGGCAGAGCCAGGAUGUUUACUAAAAUUCAUGUGAUUAUUAAUUUACAGUCGGCAAUUGUAUGUUCCUGGAUUAAACAUGAGAAUCCAAAAAAGUGUCUUUCUUUGAAUUGAUUCAUUCGUUAGUAUCCA